AUGUGGGAUUACUUGAAGGAUGAAUACGAGGGAGAUGAGAAGAUAAGAAGCAUGAAGGUGUUGAAUCUCUUAAGGGAGUUUGAGAGACAACGGAUGAAGGAUUCGGAGUCGGUGAAGGAAUACUCUGAUAGGCUGAUUGAGAUAGCUGAAAAGAUCGAAGAUUUAGCCGACAUAAAGCUUGCAGAAUUGUUAAGUGCCCCGCAGGCACAAGAACAAAGAAGACUGAUGAGAAGAGUGAGAAGAGAAGAGCCUGUAGAGGGUACACCGCAAGCUAAAGUGAAGUUCAAUGAUGGAGGCAAAGGGAAGAAAUGGAAUCAGUCCAAAGGAAAUGCAGGUGACUCCAAGUUUGCAGCGAAAGAAGGAAGUUCUAGUGGGUCCGGCAAAUGGAAGAAGAACAAGAAGCCUUGUCAACACCGUGGUGGAACUACUCAUCGCUCCUUUAGAUGCUGGAGGAGGCCCGAUGCUAAGUGUAGAAGAUGUCACAAGAUGGGUCACAUGGAAGCAAUCCGCAAAGAGAACAAUCACCAGCAAGCGGGAGAAGCACAGAUAGCAAUGAAUGAGACCGAGGAAGAACGCUUGUUUGUGGCUUCCUAUUCCGGUUCUCCUGUUGAGAAUGAUGCAUGGCUGGUGGAUAGUGGCUGUACCAAUCAUAUGACUAGCAAUUUGAAGUCGUUUAGGAGUCUAGACAAGUCGGUCGGGUCCAAAGUCAGAAUUGGCAAUGGACAAGAUAUCGAAGUGCAAGGGAAGGGUACAGUGGCUAUUGAAGGAAAUCAGGAGGUGAAGCCGAUUAGUGAUGUUCUCUUUGUGCCAAAAAUAGACCAGAAUCUAUUGAGUGUUGGCCAAUUAGUUGAGAGGGGCUAUAAAGUGAAGUUUGAAGGAAAGGAGUGCCUCAUUGAUAAUGCAGAUAGCAAGGAAGUGCUGAGAAUGCCAAUGAAAGACAAGUGCUUCCUGUUCAAGCCACAGGAAAUGCAACAAAUGGCUUUGAAGUGCAAAGAAGAAAAUGCGAGCUAUGGCAUAAAGGCUCGGACAUGUUCACCUGGAAGAACAUGUUGUUUAUGCGGAGAGGAAUAG